AUGAAUUCUGAAGAUAUUGUAAAUUCCAAAGAUAUCAUGGAUUCUGAAAAUAUUACUGAAUCUGAAGAUUUUAUUGAAUUUGAAGAUAUUAUAGAUUCUGAUACUUUGGAUUUGGUUGAGAAUUUUAUAUCUCCACCUAAAAAUUUCAGCACUCAUUGGACAGGCUUUUUGCAUUCAAAACAAUUAAAAAAUGAUAAAGCCCAACGAUAUAAUGCAAAAUAUACAUAUUGUGCCCAAAUAUUUGAAGCACAUAAAGAAGCAAUGACAAAUCAUAUGAUUAAUCUAUACCACAAAAUUUUAGCUGAAAGUAAAAUACUUUAUUCACAUACUGUAAACAAAAAAAAAUCUGAAGAAGUUACUGAAGUUCCUACUCACAAAGCAGUUUUAGUAACUGAUUAUUUUGAUAAAGCUAUUUUAUUAUUGGAAAAAACUAAUGAAUUACAUACUUUGUUGUUACGAGCAUUACUAUAG